UUGCACCACCCUGCCGCUCUGCAUUCAGCGUCAGCAAAAAAACACUAAUGUGAUCAAGAUGGAAGAUGUCUUUGGACUUUCCGCUGCUCCUGGGGUUUCUGUCUGCCUUUGGGGUGUUCUUCGGCUGUCCGACCGUUGCACAGGGAAGCUACUAACUCCGGUCUCAAACCUGGAGUAAAGACAGCCUGCAUCUUCUGCCGCACAUCAAAUUCCUCAGAUGGAUAUGGGUUCACACUUGUUAAGGAUACGUAGUACCAAUUUUACUCAGUGAAUGAAUGACGAGGUCAAAAGGAAUAGCGCUGGCUACCAAUAAUGCCAGUUGCCAUCCGCAAAAGAAGUUGGGAGGAUCAUGUGACUCACCCCUCGGGAUUACAGUACAGCUUCGAUGAUCUAGAUCUGAUCUGCUGCCAUGGCGUUGACAGUGAAGGACUCUGGAGGGGUUUGGGGUCCUCCAAACAGGGCCGGUGGAUAAGAUGUGCCUCAUUACCGGAGGGCUGCCACAAACUGUUUGUAGAUGAUCUGGCUCAGACGCCGCAUGUUACAGAUAGUAACAUAAACGCUCCACUUGAAAAGAAGGUAGAAUGUAACCACAUGAAAUCAAACUGUCUUGACCCAGAAAAGUUUUGCAGUAUUUUGCCAAGUGACAAAAGCAGUGCUGUUAUGUUUUGUGCAACUGACAACAUCGCCCAGAGAGAGGAAACUGAAGUUGGCCUAGAGAGCGAUUAUAAUAUCUUAAAAAAUCCACAUAUCUGUGUAGAUGAGCAACAAUGCAUCUCUAUAUCUACAAACAAUGGGCCCCCACUAUCGCAAUCUGCUGCUGGACAGCCUGGCAAACUUCCAGAUCAUCACCAAACAAAGGAGGGUCACACAGAUAGUUACAGCAGACGUCCUGAAAUUUCUGAGGCCACACUAAUGCCGUGCUCAGCUGCUCGACCAGAACCUCAGCUUGACCUGCCAGAUGUUGAGGACACAAUUUCCAUCCAUGGCCAUGCUGUCAGAAAGAUAACCUCGGGCGGUAAUACAAUGGAUAGCCUUCUUGUGAUGUCACUGGCUAACAAAGCUGUGGAGCCAAUCAUGACUGCAUUGGGAGAAGGAAAAUGUGACAACGGAGCAACUGAAACCUGGACCACAGAUUCAGCUGACAAACUGGGCGGAUUAAAUAACCCAGAAGUCCUAAAUGAAAAAUCCGGACCUGAGCAUCCUUCCAAAGACAUUCAAGAAGCAAAGCAGGACUACACUGGAGCACAGGAUCGGGCCCCUUGUUGUGAAAUGUCUUUCAAGACAUUGUUGGAGCGGCGUGAUUCCGAAACAAGAGCAAUCAAAAACACCCAAUUGGAGGAAAGCAGACCAGCAGAAGGAGGCGGCGAAUCAGCAGAUGUCAGGUUAGGGCCAAUCAUAUCACCUGAUAUUUGUGCCAAAGUUCAGUGUUGCUCAAUCAGCAUGGAAGCACCCUGUGAGCAACCAGGAGGAGACAUCAAUAUUCAGAGUGUAAUGGUGACUGCAGGUCAGCCAAACAAAGACAUUGACAAUACGAUCUACUCAACCUCUGCUGCGGCUCAUCAGUUAGACAACAAUUGCUUAUCAUUGGACACUAUCCCAGAGGUAAGCCAGGUUGAGGCAGGUGGAAACCAUGUACCCGCUAAUAUCAACACAACAAUGGAUGGUGAAUAUACAGCUGAACAACACCCCCAAAACCUGCCCGCCUUCUCAGCAGAGGUCAACAAUGAGCUGUCACUGGAAGGACUCCAUGGCAACGGUCGCCUCAAUGAGUCACCUGGUUCUGAGGUUGGAGCUGGUCAGAACGAACGCCAUAUGCAUGUGGCUACCGUAGGUACAAAAGGGCAGACGGACGACGCCACACGGGAGGGUAGUCCCAGUGACACAUGCCUUGCCAGGCCAUCUGUAGGUGGGAUGUGCGAGUCUGGAGUUCACAAGGCUGAAGACGUGGUGAAAGUGCGCAUUAAGAAGCGAGACCAUGCUCGUCUGGACUCCAUGGUGCUACUAAUGAUGAAGUUGGACCAGUUAGACCAGGAGAUUGAGAAUGCCCUCUGUGUCAACUCUUCCACUGAUACCACCCCCACCCUCCAUCGACGACGACAACUGGACUUCGAUUUGGGAUCUAUGCCCGUAUCAUCGCACCUGCUGCAUCUGCAAGGCGCUGCUGCCCCAGCUUCAUUCGCCACAGCAACCCUCAGAGCAAAACCAAAGACUGGGAGUACUACAAUUGCAGAGAGGACAAAACCCGAGAUUGAAGCCAAAGAAGCCUGUACCUGGCUCCGGGCGGCAGGCUUCCCACAGUACGCCCAGCUUUAUGAAGAUGCCCAGUUUCCCAUUGACAUCUCCUCGGUCACCAGGGACCACGACUUCCUCGAUCGGGAUGCCAUUGAGGCUCUCUGCAGGAGACUCAACACCCUCAACAAGUGUGCACUAAUGAGACUGGAGAUAUCGCCGCAAAGAAAAAGGAGUGAAGACUCCGAUGAGGAUGAGCCCUGUGCCAUCAGUGGUCGCUGGACCUUUCAGAGAGACAGCAAGCGCUGGUCCCGUAUGGAGGAGCUGGAGGUUUUCUCUUCAUUGUACACAGAUGGAGCACAAGCACCUCCUGCAAAGGACCAAGUAACCAAAAAGCUGGCUCUGUGUGAGGGAAACAGUUCUGAGAGUGUGCUGACUGAUCUCAGCGAGCAGCCUGAAGUGGGCUCCAUCCACAGCAGCGGUAGCGGAGGAAGAGUAGAAGACAAGAGCCAUGACGUGAACCUUCAUUUAGCAAAGGAAGCCAUUCCUGUUCCUGUUGGAGCCACUCGUGCCAGCUCUGUAGCAAGCAUGUGCUCAUCAUCGGGCACAGGCGGGUCCGGGUGCGCUAAUGAGGACUCUCUGUCUGACGGGCUGCCUCCAUCACCCUUGGAGACACUAGGACGGUUCACCUUUGAUGUAAAAAUGGGAGAACUUGGGGGAAGUCUCGAUCGUAGUGGCGGGAGCGGUAAAAGCACACGCUCAAGAGCCAAGAGCUUCCUCAAGAGGAUGGAGAGUCUACGGCUUCGCAGUGGCGCCACCUCCAAGAGGAAGAAAAAAGGCAGCACAGGUGGAGGGAAGAUAGAGAUCAGUGGUCCUGUCAUCAAAGAAGGUCUGGAUGAUGACAAGCUGCGACGGCUGAACUGUGUGGACAUCCCAAGUAUUAACUUCAACCAAAACCUCAAUCACCAACGCAAUCCAACUCAGACUAUGACGCUCAACCGGAAUCGCUCCGUCUCCUACUCCACUCAGACUAGCAACGGCAGCACUGGAAGCACGGGGAGCAGCCAUUCUGAAGCUAGCAGCGGCAGUGCGGUGAGCACACCAAGCCCGGUGACCCGCGCUCGUAGCCAUAGCACGGCGGCAGGCUCGGCUAAGAGAGGAGGAAUGUACUUAGAAGGGUUCGAUCCUUUCAGUCUUCUCCAGCAAGCAUCCGAUAGGCAGCUGACACCUUCGCCUAAAUCAGCUCCACCUGUCCCCUGUCAGGCAAAUGUAGGGAUGAGCAUUGAUGAACAGAAUCGAAGGAACAACCACAGACCUCAAGACAAUGACAGACAAGCGGAGGAAGAAGAAGAAGAGGAUGGCAUGGUCUUCUUUUAUUUACCAGAAGGUCACAAGCCAGGCACUUUCCCCAAAGCUCUGCAAGACGGGAGCGCUCGUAACAACAACGGGAACGAUAAUGGAAACUCUGUUAUCCUGAGGGGACGGCAAAGUAGACGCCAGCGUCGUAUCUCUUCCGGCUCUGUGGACAGCCGCCUUAGUUUUUAUGACAAUGUCCCAUACACCGAGAGAGAAGGGGACGAAAGGGAUGAACGGAAACUGGACGAAGUGAUCCAGCAUGUCAGCGGCCUGCAGCGCUUUGUUAAUGCCUGGUCAGAGGCCAUAGGAGCUGACGAUGAGGAGGAGGAAGAGGACGAGGAGGAGGAGGAGGAAGGGGACUCAGAUUCAGCGUUGGACUCAGCAUCGCCUUGCCCUUCCUCCCCUCUGCAGAAUCGUCUGGAGGAGACAGAGAACGGAAGUGACCAAGACAGCACAGGAAACCCGCUGGGUGAAGGCGAGGAGGGGAUGAGGGAGAGGAGAGAUUCUGGAGUCGGAGCAUCACUAACGAGAACCAGCAGGCCGCAGAAACUCCGCUGGUUGAGUUUCCACAACUCCCAUCGGCCCAGCUUGGCCUCCGCCCAGCUUCAGAUUAGCUGCCAGUCUGUGCUGCAGAUGAAUCUCCUUCAGAAGCUCUCACUGCUGCAGCUCACCGGCCUACUGGAGAGGCACACCCCAACUAACAAACACGGCUUCAGCUGGGCCGUUCCUAAGUUUAUGAAGCGGAUGAAGGUGCGCGACUACAAAGACAGGAAUGUGUUCGGUGUUCCGCUGCAAGUCAUCGUCCAGCGCACUGGUCAGCCCCUCCCUCAGGGCAUCCAGCAAGCUAUGCGUUACUUGCGAAACCAAUGCCUCGACCAGGUGGGUCUUUUCAGGAAGUCGGGAGUUAAGUCCCGUAUCCAAGCUCUGCGUCAGAUGAACGAGACCGGCGGAGCGGACGGGGGAGGGGUCAGCUACGAGGGCCAGUCCGCCUAUGACGUUGCUGACAUGCUGAAGCAGUACUUCCGAGACUUGCCGGAACCGCUGCUCACCAGCAAGCUGUCUGAGACCUUUCUGCAGAUCUACCAGUACAUGCCCAAAGAGCUCCGCCUCCAGGCCUCCCGCACCGCCGUCCUGCUGCUUCCUGACGAGAACCGUGAGGCUCUGCGGACGCUGCUCUGCCUUCUGAGUGAUGUGACGGCCAGCGUGGCGGAAAACCAGAUGACGCCCACCAACUUGGCCGUGUGUUUGGCGCCAUCCGUCUUCCACCUCAACACCCUGAGGCGCAAAGAGAGCUCCUCGCCAAGGGUAAUGAACAGGAAGCCCACUCUGGGAAAGCCGGACCAGAGAGACCUGAACGAGAACCUGGCGGCAACUCAUGGCCUAGCGCACAUGAUCCAGGAGUGCAGGAAACUUUUCCGUAUACCAGAGGAAAUGAGUCGUUGCAGAAACUCCUACGUGGAGCAGGCUCUGCUGCCGCGACGCUUGGAGGAGCUGUCGGGGGGCCACGACGGACAAGGAGGCUACCGCUCUCACUUACGUGAUAGCCUUGAUGCUCUUCUCAAAGAGGCCAAGGAUAAGUUCAAAGGCUAUGACAGCUUGUCCACGCUGGAGCAAGUGGAGCUGGCUUACCGUAAGGUACAUGACGGCUUCCCAUUGAGGCUGUGGAAAGUGACUGUUGAGGUUCCCGCACAUCCAGAGGAAGUCCUGACUCGGCUGCUGAGGGAGCAAGCCCGUUGGGACGAGGACCUGUACGAGAGCCGUGUGGUGGAAACCCUGGAUGAAAGGACGGAGGUGUACCAGUAUGUCAGGAACAGCAUGGCCCCGCAUCCCAUGAGGGACCAUGUGGUGCUCAGAACAUGGAUAACGGAUUUGCCAAAGGGGGCGUGUGCACUAGUGGCUACGUCAGUGGAUCAUGCAGCGGCGCCCGUGGUGGGCGUACGUGCCAACGUGCUCCUGUCUCGCUACUUCAUCGAGCCCUGCGGCGCUAACAAAUCCCGAGUCACAAACAUUUCCAGGAUUGACUGCAGGGGUCGCUUCCCAGAGUGGUACAACAAGCUGCACGGACACUUGUGUGCUGCCGAGGUGGCGCACAUCCGUGACUCCUUCACUUUGACCGUGGACAAAUGAGACUUUCUUUUUUUCUUCAUGUCAUUCCAUUGACAAACACAGGCAGGACAAACUUGGCCUCCUGAAUUUGAAGGACUUUUUUUUCUCCCAAGUAUAUUAUCUUUUUUUUUUUUUAAAAAAAAAAGGCCCUCUGUGUCCUAUCAUCUAAUUAUUUAUGUGGGCCAAAGAAUACAGUGACACGGAUGUGAGGAUGGGAGCGCUAUUGCUUCUGGGAAGCAAGAGGAUUGAACGUGUCAUGGGAGCAACAUCAUAGUGUACAUACACUAACUACUCUUUUCACACUUAUUAGUCACUAUCUUGUCUGGUUUUCUUUACUAUUACAUUUGGGAGGAAGUGCACAACAUUUUUAUGACAUUGUGCGGUUGAAGAAAGACGUGAAUGUGCCGGCUUUAACAUGCAGAGGACAAGUGAUGAAGAGAUGAAAAGGAGCGGGUGGCUGGCUCACCAAAUAUUUUCAGGAAAAGCACCAUGGCACCUCCCGAAAAGAGAGAGACCAAUAGAGACACAGGGACCAAAUUAAGAUAACAGAAACACGACCGCAUGUUAGCAUCACAACCCAUUAUCGAUAGCACAGCUUUUAUUGUACGUGGUAGCUCCACCAACAUGGUAGAGGUAGGAAAAUGUCCAUCACCAGAAACAACAAACCAACAAGAUCCUUUUAUAAAGGUGGAGAUUUUACAGGUUUUACUGUAAAGACGAGGGCAGAUUGCAUGUUAGUGGAAGGAAGACAAGCUUCUCUCACUCUUAACACACUUUCACGAAGCCAUCGUCCAUUUGUAACCUCUCUACCAAAUAAUAACACAUGACCGUUAAUUUAAAAAUUGAAAUAUAUUUAUACCUCAUAUAUGUUUGGUUCAUUUUGUAUUGUAUUGUUGUAUUAUUGUAUUGUAAAUGUUACGCUUUGUGUUACGGAAAGUGGAAAAAAAAGCUUUAUCUUUUUUAUUAAUAAUGUUAUUUCUGUACAGGUUAAUCAAAGUGCACUAUUAAAUGUAUUAAAAUA